AUGGGCCCUUUGCUUGAGUGGUUCCAGGUUGAGGCAUUCCCGGAUACCAAAAAGAUGAGUAUUGCAAUUUUGAACGAUCCCCAACUAUCCAAUGAUGUCUACGACUUACUCAUCUCUCGGACGACGUUCAGUUUGGUACUGACUGCCCGAGCGGAACUCGAUGAAGUCGCACUCGGACGAGUCACCGGCAGCGAGUCGCACUUCGCCGAGCCAAUGUCAACUUCACAAUCGCUAGCAUUAUUGCUACGAUUAUAA